AAGUUGCGAUGUAAUGGAAAUAAAGUUCGUUUUGCAAAUAUUGAUUUGCUGGUAGUGUUAUCAAUUGCCAGUUUUAGAAGAAAAAAUCAUUUGUUUUCAUUGGUAAACUGUGUUGGUGUAGUGAUCGAAUGAAGCAACUCUUUUCGUAAGUGGUUUUCAGAUAAAAGAAUUAGUUCUAGGCGGUGAAGAAGAUUUGUAUAAUAAAAGCAGAUGAUAGAAAAAUUGUGAAGUAUUUAGAGAGUGUUUCCGAAGUGCUCUGAAGUGAAGAAAUAAACAACCUGAUCGUAAAUAAAGCUAAAGAAACAGCGAAAAACGAAGAAUCUCAAUUGGUAACAGGGAACGUCCAUCCCACUGCCAACGGUACUUCGAUAGUGUGCUACAAAUAUAUAAGCGAAUAGAAAAUAGUUUGCAACCAGUUUGGAGUUCGGCGCAUUGGCUGUUAUGCAGGGGGAAGCUGUGCCAAAAUAGGCAUAAUUAGGAAACAACAGAAAACAUGUUGGGAGCACUUAAACGCCGAUGGAGGACUACUCGAAGAUCUGUGUCGGCCGAUCAUCAGUACGAGCCAGAUGGGGAAAGAUCUAAUGGCAUCAUACCACCUCCCCGCUACAUAGAGUUCCUUAAAGCCGAGCGGAAUGCAAUUGUGGGCAAUUCCAUUUCGGCCCCUCGGUAUAUCGAAGUACGCCAAGGACGAAUCGUCCUCGAAUCGCAAAGAAUUAUCGACUUAAAAAACAAGACUGAUGGCGAUGAUCACCCUUUCGUUCACAAUGCCAAAGAGAAGCUAAACAUCGAAUCGCCUACAACACCCGAACCUCCGGUCGACUACGAGCGAUCGCUGAUAAUACAAAGUGAGCCUCAGUCACCCGUUUAUGAGCGCGGGAAACAUGGAAAUUUGUAUAUCAAUUCUUCCUACCGGUCGGAACCCUGCAAAAAUACAGAUCAACUGGAAUCCAGAAUAGCUGAAUUAGAAGAUGCCUUAUUACGAUUGCAAGAUAGAGUAAACCAAAGCCAAUGUAAUUCACCAACGCUGGAAAAGGAAAUUAAGGAGCAUUUAGAAAUGAUGAAUAAAGUAAUUAAGACAAAGGAUAAACAAUCGACACAAGCUUGCCGGGAGCAUAAAACAUUACAGGCUCGUUUCCAACGUCAGGAAAAUAGUCUGCUAGUUCUUCAAAGUGAAAACAAAUCCCUACACCAAAGAGUUAAACAGUACGAAGCCUGUUUAGACGAUAUAAUGCGAAAGGUGGUCGAUGCUCUGGUAGCCGAAGACUGCCUAAGGGAUGAAGUUUCUAUACUCAAGAACCGAGUACGAGAUCUGGAGGCACAGAAUGCUGCCCUGACCGCAAGCCCAGCAAAAAGCCGUGAUGAGGGUUAUUGUACGAUGAGCUCCGGCCAGCCUCAACCGGCGCAAGAUAGUCACCUGGCGGAACUACCAGAGGAACCAGAACAGUGGCUAGUAUCUGCGGAGCCAUGUACUGCUGAAAUGGAAGACUGGAGUAUGUCCCAAGAGGAACUGGCCACGGCCUUGGAGGAAGACAGCCACGAAUGGAUAUGGAACUCGAGCUUUCUCACCACGAACGAAACGCAAACGGAAGACGUAUCUACGCUGUUACAAGAGCAAGUAGCGUAUUCUGACGAUGAAGAGGUAGCCUGUACAAAUUUUACACGAGAUUUUUAUAGACUGGUAAAUAUAAAGUCUGAAAGCAAUCGAAGCCUACACUCCCCAACGCUCCCAGAUCUGACUACGGCUAGCAGUAGCGACGAGAAUGAAAGAACUGCCAGUCCCACCCCCAGCGAAGCCGGUCAAGCUCAAGUUCAUAGUUGUUCCUCUAGUGAAUCAAGUGACGUUAUAACGGAAAAAUUUGACCCUUCAUUUGCCUCGUCACCAAACAACCUUCCAGCUAACACCACAGAUCUGAUACAGGAUGUUCUAAUCACCCAUCGCAAUGAACAACAUCAGCAUCAGUUACGCAAAAAUAAUUCCAAAGAUAUUUCGGAAAAACCUUCCCCUACUUGGAGGCGCAGCACUGGUUGGAGACGAGUUCCCAAAAGCAAUCAUGAAACGCACAUCCCUGUCCCGAUACACUUGAAGGAUCGACUAAAAUCUCCACCUCCGGUACCGGUCCGAAGACAUUGUGCAAGCUAGCCGUCUCUAUACUUUGUAGAUUAAGGCUAUACCCAAAUCCUCGAGAAACAUAAUUAAAACAGGUCUGAUAUCGAUCAGGAAUUUAAUAUAACUUCGACUAAAAAUUCUUGUUUGUUACUGCAAUGGCAUAAGUUAGAUAAUAGAGUUAAGCGUGAAAUGUGAUAAUACGUUUAGUAUUUAAAGCAGUACAUAAACAUGGCAAAAAUUCCAAGCGAUCACUGCCAACAAUGUAGAAACCUCAUAUCGUUUCGUUAACUAAACAUCAAUCAAAUUGCAGGACAAUAAUAUAAGAGUAUGAAUGGCAGAGCAGCAUUCAACCUAAGCGAUGUUAACUGCUGUGUUACUGGUGUUAUUUAGCAUAAUGUAAAUAACAUAAUGCUCAGCAGCGGCUGGCGUUACGUUACGAACGAGGUUGUGAUCUCUGCUAAAUAUGCAUUUUGAACGAAAACUUUUCGCGUCAUUUUGACAGCAUGGCGAUGUUUUGUAGUAACCGUAACCGACAUGAAGUAAAUAAAGACAAUACAUACUGCAAUUUUUGAUAUGAAAAGGACAUGCGAAUACUGUGGCGAUGACUAUGCUGG